GUCCAAACGCAAGCAAUCAGAAAGGCCAGUGACAGUGCUAGAACCUCCAGAUGACCCGGAGCUGGAAGCUGGAGUAGCCAUAGGGUCGACCAACGAUCUGGUGAACGUUCUUGAGGAGAUAGAGAAGGAAAGUAAAGACACUCUACCUGAUCAGCGGAAGGAUUUGAAACGAAUUACUUCUUCGGAAAUCCGAGAGCGGUUCUUCGCCAACAACCCAAAAAAGGGGAAAAAGAAACAAGAAAAGCCGACACCUGGAGCUCCCCCUGACGUCAAUCCGCCAAUUUCUGUGGUGUCCGACACCGCCCCAGUCGCGGAACAACCAGAUCCGGCAAACAAAAAGGAAGGCAAGAAAAAGAAAAAGGAGAAAAAGUCUAAGGGUGAUGCGAAAAAAACGCCUUCUGGUGCUAAACCAGCUCCCGUAGCGUCAGAUACCAGCACAGAGAAGUCAGAUGUACCGAAACGGAAAGACAGCAAGAAACUGGAAAAGGAGAAAAAGCGAAAGGGUAGUGAUAGAACGGGAACGACCCGCCCACGAGGAUCAGUCUCCAAACUUGCAGCCACAACCAAGAAAACACGGAAAAAGAAGCCUCAAGAGACUGAGCUCGG